AUGUCCAAGAGCAGCAGUACCACCGCGCAGAACGGUUCGACCACACCGAAGUAUGAGGCGCGGCUGUGCCAUGUGGUAAAGCGACCCGAUUUCGACGGGUACGGGUUUAACCUGCACGCCGAAAAGGGUCGCCCGGGACAGUACAUCGGCAAGGUGGACGAUGGUUCGCCGGCAGAAUCGGCCGGCCUCCGGCAGGGCGAUCGCAUCAUCGAAGUGAACGGUCAGAACAUCACGACCGAAACGCACAAAAAGGUGGUCGAGCUGAUCAAAGCCGUCCCGAACGAGACGCGCCUGCUCGUGAUCGAUCCGCGGGCGGAUGCGAACGAUCUGAAAAUGGCACUGGCCAAGGCGGCUGCCGGUAUGGUGAGCAACGGUACGGCAAAUAACAACAACGGUACGACCAACGGGCAUCAUGAGACGAAUGGUAUGAACGGUGCGGGCAAGGAGAAUGGUCAGAAGAAGGAUUCGAAGGAAGGGGGUGCUAAGAUGGAGGAAAAAUCACCCAAAUCCACCACCAACGGCAUGGCGACCGUACAUAUUAACAACAACAAUAACAGCAGCAACAACAACAAUCACAGUCACAGCAAUGGCAACGGCACAACCAACGCCGCCACCAAGCCCGACUCCCCGGUGAUGGAGAAGAUUAUCGACGACACGAAAAAGGUCCUUACCGUGACGGAUGGUGCGGCUGUCGGUAAGAUGGCCCUGAACGGUACUGCUCCAUCGGCGGUGACCAACGGCACCACGGAACCGAGCAAAACGACACCGACAACCGAGGGCAAGAAGCUUAAUCUGCCGAUGACGGCGGCAGAGAUGCGGGCACAGCUGGCAGCGCGCAAGAAGUACGAUCCCAAGAGUGAGGUGUGCGAUCUGCGCAAAAAGUACGACAUCAUACAGAAAAUGUAAG